AUGGUCCUGGAGAUAUCCGUCGGGGAGGCGUCCGGCCUCAUCGCCACGGGCGUGUUCCUGUUGCAACUCCUGAUUCCUUUGGCGCUUCCGAUCCUCUUGGCCGCGUACAUUGCAGAGAAGAACUCGGUAGUCACUUGGUCUGUCCUCGGUCGUUUCCUCCACACGUCACUGUGGCCUAGCAUUCUGCGGACCGACACCGCCGCGGGCGGUCAUGGCGUCACGAAGCACGUCAGCUUCAUCGGCAUCUUCCAGACCGUUGCCCUCACCCUCAUCUCCGUAGCGUCCAUCGUGACGCCCCUGGGCUUGUACGACACCGUGACGCCACGCGGCGACGCGCAGCUUGAGCACUUCACAUAUCUCAAGGACCUGUCCCCCUUUGGCGCCGGCACUCCGUGGCGGAGUUCGGCCCCGUUCGGCCGGGUGUGUGGCCCCGACCCGUGCCCCGGGACGGUGAAAACCCAGACAUGCGAGAAGAAGGGCCUCGCAGAAGUAUGCCUCGACGUCAAAUUCGACCGCGCCAUACCGAGCUCGCUGCAUGAUUUGUUCGGCGGCGGGGCCACCGCCUUCUCGCCAUCCGUCUCGAGCGUCUUCGAUAUCCAGUGGAGGGCGUACUUCAACGCGACGGAUGCGGGCGGCAAGCUGGGAUGGGCCCUCAGGUCCGCGUAUCGGCAAAUCACGACGCUCAUUCUCGAGCCGGACAGGCACGUUGUCGAGGGGGUCAUUGUCGACACUAUCACCGGUGGCAUCGGCUUCCGAAACCACACGGUCCCCGGCACCACGUACCGGUACGGCAGCAGUUGGUCCGAGGAUCUCCUCUUCAUCGAGCCCGAGACGCAGUGCGUGGACCUCAACUUGACGUUUCAUUUCCAACUCGAAGAGUACGACGGGUUUCCCGCGCUUGGCCGCACCUACAUCGUAGACAAUGGGGGGUUCUGGAACCUAUCACGCAAGGCACCGGUCCCAACUCUCACGGACCCGUGGGCGUACAAUGGCCAAGGCGACAUCGAUCUGAAAUCGCGAGCGUACAACGCCGCAUGGUUGAACAACUACCUGACACUGCUGUAUUUCAACCUCACGAAUCCAGAUAUGAACAAUAUCAAAUGGAUUGAUUCCAAGCCGGACAUGGAGAUACAGGGCAACUCGUCCUUCCAGAGCACAAACGCGACCACAUUCAACCUCUUGUAUCAGGCCAUCAGAUCCAGCACUACCUUUGGCGAGUAUCUAUCAUUCAACAAAACCACAAACAAAGGCAUAAACCCUUACAACAUCACAGCAAACCAGUUCUCACAAAUCGGCCAGCAGUGCCGAGGCGCCCUGCUCAUGGACCCAGCCAACAUCAACAGCACACUGAUAGCAUGUGGUCUCGUCUAUGGCGCCGCUCAGCGCACAGAUCAAGGUAACCCGCUGGUGCCCGAUCCAGGGUCCAAGUGGGUGUUCCCAGUAUACAGUUGCGCAUCAUCUGUCAUAGCCAGCAUCAAGACAGUGACGUUCCAGUACAACGGCACAGAUUUGUCCGCCCUGAAGGUGGCCAAUGUUGAGCCAAAGAAGUAUCCCAGCCCCUCUGAUCUGCCGCUGUGGGGGGUCGAAGACAUGCACAACUUCACCAUCGGCAACGCCCAGCCGCUCUGGGGAGUCCUCGGCAGGGCCAACGCGACCAUCGAGGACUCGAUCAAGCAAAACAUCACCACCAUUGCGCAGGAGAAGUUGCGCCUUCCGGGGCUCGUAGACGACCUUACCAUGUUGCUCACAGGCCGCUUGCGAGACAGCACCCGCGGUGGUCAGAACCUGCCCGGCGCCACCUUUUAUGCUCAGGCACUGCAGAACGCCUUUAGCAUCGCGAGGCCCGGUGGCAACGCCUACGGCGAUUACUCGGGGCAGACGGGUCUGGCUCUCUUCGCCAAAUGGCAGCAGCUGUCCAAGAGCGCCGACGAAGCGUCCCAGAUUAUCAACCUUGUCUGGACUGAUAUCGCUGCCAAUGCCGUCGUCGGGACCAAGGGCUGGGGGCUGACGUCUGUCGCCGCCGGUCUAGCCAAGCGCGCGACGAACAGCGACCAGCAUGACAUGGUGCCUGUAACGGCGUUCCGAAAGCAGGUCAGGUACCGCAUCCCGUUCGCGGUGCCGGCAUUCGUCGUGCUCGCCGUGGCUCUCGCAAUCAUCGUAGCCAUGUCGGUGUUGCUGGUUACGGGCAGGACAGGGCUGACCAGGCUGAGGCGGCUCAUUGACGCCACGUCGCCUGGCAGACUGAUAUCGCAGAAGCUGUGGCCCGAGGAGGCAUAUGGCCUGAACACGAAGGAAUGGGUGAAGAGGAUCGGCCCGCGGCAGGUCGUAGUCACAAAGGAGGUCGUCGCCGAGGACAGCCCCGGCCUCCCGAGCGAGGACCAGACGCCGGAGAAGGAUCCCGCCGAACAGCAGCAGAGCCUCCUCCCGACCAAGGACGCUCCGGUGUUGAGCGUCUCCAGCCAGUCCGCAAUGUAA